GGAGAGAGAGUCAGAAUUGUUGCUUUCCAUUUGAGUAAGAUAAGAAGCAGCUCCUUUGACUCCCAGGGAUCUUGCUCCUGGUUGACACUUGAAUGAGUAGGAGAGUCAGCCCCACUGUCUACUUCGAGGCAGUAGGUGAUUUCAUAAUUCCCUGUAGGAACACACAUGGUUAUUUUUUUAACAGACUUUCUCUUUCCUUAGCUAGAAAGCACUGUGCUAUUACAAGUCUUCAGAAUAUAUAAGAUGGUUUUUCAUCUUAGCUACAGGCAGUCACUUCCAAUGAAGGUACAGAAGUUAAACAAACUAGUAAUCUAAAAUGAUUUCAUUAUCUUUGGGGAAAAAAAUAAGUAUCCUCUCACUUUUUCUCCUAUUCUUUCCUGCCUUUUAAUUAAUUUCUUAGUUAAUGAAGGUAGAACUGAUACAGAUUUUUUAUUUUUUUUAAUCUACCAAGUUUUCUCAGCAAAAGCCCAUAAAUAUGUUGGCAAAGAUUUUUUUUUUUUGAUCGCUGAAUUGGAACGCUGGUAUCUUGGAAGGAGCGUAAUCUUGGAGCUCACUGUACUUCUGGGGGAUGAUCAAGAAGCAAUGCUUGGAGCAUGACAUGGAAGAGGAGGAGAAUCAAACUAUGGUGGCUGAAUUUAUCUUCACUGGCUUCUCCAAUCACCCGACCACAAGGAUGAUGUUGACUGGGUUCUUCCUUGUGGCCUACCUGGUAACCCUAGCUGGAAAUGGACUCAUCAUUCUCCUAACUGUGUAUGAUACACACCUUCACACCCCCAUGUACUUCUUCCUCAGCAAUUUGUCCUUCCUGGAUAUCUGCUAUUCUACAACUACCAUCCCACAGGCAUUAGUAAGUUUUUCAGUUGACAGACCCACCAUUUCCUAUGCACGGUGUUCCUGCCAGUUAUUGACUUCACUUUACUUAGGAUGCACUGAGUGUCUCCUGCUAGCAGUCAUGGCAUACGACCGCUAUGUUGCUAUUGCCAGCCCACUGCAUUAUACACUUAUUAUGAGCAAGACAGAGCGUACCAACCUGGCAUUGGGUUCAUGGACAGUUGCCUUCCUGCCGACCGCAGUCCCUGUUCUCCUCAUGCCCGCUGACCUCUGUGGGAAUAAUGAGAUUGACCAUUUUGCAUGUGAACUCUCAGCUCUAAUGAAGCUGGUUUGCUCUGACACUUCCAAGAGUCAAAUUGUCAUGUUUAUCACUGGAUCACUCUCUCUCCUUAUCCCUUUCUCCUUCAUCCUUUUCUCUUACAUGCGCAUCAUCCUAACCAUCUUGCAGAUCCGCUCAGUGGCUGGCCGGUCCAAGGCCUUUUCCACCUGUGGCUCCCACCUGACUGUGGUAACUGUCUUCUAUAGCACAGUAAUAUUCAAGUACCUCAAACCCCAAGAUCAUAAACUGAACAACAUAGCCCAAGACUCCCUGAAUACUAAUAAAACUUCCAGUUUCUUUUUCACUAAAGAAAAAUGUGUAUUGUCUUAUAUGUAA